ACAGAGCAUCUUUCAAAUUAAAUUCAUUCAUGGUUUCAGAUAUUGAGAAUCUUCUUAAAUCAAAUUUACUUCACGGUUUUGGAUAUUGCAAUCUCCAUGCCACAAGUAUUGUUUCUUUCAAAUUGAAUUCACUUUACAGUUUUGGGUAUUGUGAAUCUAGCAGUAGGUGA